CAAUUGGAAGGUCCCUGUCUUGAGAGCUAAUGGCGGACGCGGGCGGGUUGUCGUUGGAGGUGGCUUAGGCCUUGAAGGAACCCUGCAUCCGUUGGAUAUCUCCGCCAUCCUCUCCGCUGCUGGGUAAAGAAGCGGCCUCCCGGCUUCCCUGGGCCCACAAAGGCGGAGAGCGGCCAUAUAGGAGGGCCUUACUCUGUGUUUCUUCUGCCAUCAGCCAGAAGUUCCCAGCUGAUAUUUUUUUUCUUUCAUGUGCUCUUAGUUUGCUUUGACUUCAUAUAACCCACACUUGGAUUGUGGACUGGUGGGUGGCUCCGUGUUGCUGCCACCAUGUUCCUGUAUAACUUGACCUUGCAGCGAGCCACUGGCAUCAGCUUUGCCAUUCAUGGCAACUUCUCCGGAACAAAACAACAGGAAAUUGUUGUUUCCCGUGGGAAGAUCUUGGAGCUGCUUCGCCCUGAUCCCAACACUGGCAAAGUACACACCCUACUAACUGUGGAAGUAUUUGGUGUAAUCCGGUCACUUAUGGCCUUUAGGCUGACGGGUGGCACCAAAGACUACAUUGUGGUUGGCAGUGACUCGGGUCGGAUUGUUAUCCUGGAAUACCAGCCGUCUAAGAAUAUGUUUGAGAAAAUUCACCAAGAAACUUUCGGCAAGAGUGGAUGCCGCCGUAUUGUUCCUGGCCAGUUCUUAGCUGUGGAUCCCAAAGGGCGAGCUGUUAUGAUUAGUGCCAUUGAGAAACAAAAAUUGGUGUAUAUCUUGAACAGAGAUGCAGCAGCCCGGCUUACCAUCUCAUCUCCCCUGGAGGCCCACAAAGCGAACACUUUAGUAUAUCAUGUUGUCGGAGUAGAUGUUGGAUUUGAAAAUCCAAUGUUUGCUUGUCUGGAAAUGGAUUAUGAGGAAGCGGACAAUGAUCCCACAGGGGAAGCAGCAGCUAAUACCCAGCAGACACUAACUUUCUAUGAGUUAGACCUUGGUUUAAAUCAUGUGGUCCGAAAAUACAGUGAACCUUUGGAGGAACAUGGCAACUUCCUCAUCACAGUUCCGGGAGGUUCAGAUGGUCCAAGUGGAGUGCUGAUCUGCUCUGAAAACUAUAUCACCUACAAGAACUUCGGUGACCAACCAGAUAUCCGCUGUCCAAUUCCCAGGAGACGGAAUGACCUGGAUGACCCUGAAAGAGGAAUGAUUUUUGUCUGCUCUGCCACCCAUAAGACCAAAUCGAUGUUCUUUUUUUUGGCCCAAACUGAGCAGGGCGAUAUCUUCAAGAUCACUUUGGAGACAGAUGAAGAUAUGGUUACUGAGAUCCGGCUCAAGUAUUUUGAUACUGUGCCUGUUGCUGCUGCCAUGUGUGUGCUUAAAACAGGCUUCCUUUUUGUAGCAUCAGAAUUCGGAAACCAUUAUUUGUAUCAGAUUGCACACCUAGGAGAUGAUGAUGAAGAACCUGAGUUUUCAUCUGCCAUGCCUCUGGAAGAGGGAGACACCUUCUUCUUUCAGCCCAGACCACUCAAAAACCUUGUGCUGGUUGACGAGUUGGACAGCCUCUCUCCCAUUUUGUUUUGCCAGAUAGCUGAUCUGGCAAAUGAAGACACCCCACAGUUGUAUGUGGCCUGUGGUAGGGGACCCCGGUCAUCUUUGAGAGUCUUAAGGCAUGGACUUGAGGUAUCGGAAAUGGCUGUCUCUGAACUACCCGGUAACCCCAAUGCUGUCUGGACAGUGCGCCGGCACAUUGAAGAUGAGUUUGAUGCCUACAUCAUUGUGUCUUUCGUGAAUGCCACACUUGUGUUGUCUAUUGGAGAGACUGUGGAAGAAGUGACUGACUCUGGGUUCCUGGGCAACCCAACCUUGUCCUGCUCCUUGUUAGGAGAUGACGCCUUGGUGCAGGUGUAUCCUGAUGGCAUUCGGCACAUACGAGCAGACAAGAGAGUCAAUGAGUGGAAGACCCCCGGAAAGAAAACAAUUGUGAAGUGUGCAGUGAACCAGCGACAAGUGGUGAUUGCUCUGACAGGAGGAGAGCUGGUCUAUUUUGAGAUGGAUCCCUCAGGCCAGCUGAAUGAGUACACAGAGCGGAAGGAGAUGUCAGCAGAUGUGGUAUGCAUGAGUCUGGCCAACGUGCCUCCUGGAGAGCAGCGGUCUCGCUUCCUGGCUGUGGGGCUAGUGGACAACACUGUCAGAAUCAUCUCCCUGGACCCUUCAGACUGUUUGCAACCUCUGAGCAUGCAGGCUCUCCCAGCCCAGCCUGAAUCCUUGUGUAUUGUGGAGAUGGGUGGGACUGAGAAGCAGGAUGAGCUGGGUGAGAGGGGCUCUAUUGGCUUCCUGUACCUGAAUAUUGGGUUACAGAAUGGUGUGCUGCUCAGAACUGUCCUGGACCCUGUCACUGGGGAUCUGUCUGACACCCGCACUAGGUACCUGGGGUCCCGUCCUGUGAAACUCUUUCGUGUCCGGAUGCAAGGCCAGGAAGCAGUAUUGGCCAUGUCAAGCCGCUCAUGGUUGAGCUAUUCUUACCAAUCUCGUUUCCAUCUCACCCCCCUGUCUUAUGAGACCCUGGAAUUUGCAUCUGGCUUUGCCUCUGAACAGUGUCCUGAGGGCAUUGUGGCCAUCUCCACCAACACCCUGAGGAUUUUGGCGUUAGAGAAGCUGGGUGCCGUCUUCAAUCAAGUGGCCUUCCCACUGCAGUACACACCCAGGAAAUUCGUCAUCCACCCUGAGAGUAACAACCUUAUCAUCAUUGAGACUGACCACAAUGCCUACACCGAGGCUACAAAAGCCCAGAGGAAGCAGCAGAUGGCAGAGGAAAUGGUGGAAGCAGCAGGGGAGGAUGAGCGGGAGCUAGCUGCAGAGAUGGCAGCAGCAUUCCUCAAUGAAAACCUCCCUGAGUCCAUUUUUGGAGCUCCUAAGGCGGGCAAUGGGCAGUGGGCGUCUGUGAUCCGAGUGAUGAAUCCUAUUCAGGGUAACACACUGGACCUUGUUCAGCUGGAACAGAAUGAGGCUGCUUUUAGUGUGGCCGUUUGCAGGUUUUCCAACACUGGUGAUGACUGGUAUGUGCUGGUGGGUGUGGCCAAAGACCUGAUACUGAACCCCCGAUCCGUAGCAGGGGGCUUUGUCUAUACCUACAAGCUUGUGAACAAUGGGGAAAAACUGGAGUAUUUGCACAAGACUCCAGUGGAAGAGGUCCCUGCUGCCAUUGCUCCAUUCCAGGGUAGGGUGUUGAUUGGUGUGGGGAAGCUUCUGCGUGUCUAUGACCUGGGAAAGAAGAAGUUACUCCGAAAAUGUGAGAACAAGCAUAUCGCCAAUUACAUCUCUGGGAUCCAGACUAUUGGGCACAGGGUAAUUGUGUCUGAUGUCCAAGAAAGUUUCAUCUGGGUUCGCUACAAGCGUAAUGAGAACCAGCUCAUCAUCUUUGCCGAUGAUACCUACCCCCGAUGGGUCACUACAGCUAGCCUCCUCGACUAUGACACUGUGGCUGGGGCAGACAAGUUUGGCAACAUUUGUGUGGUGAGGCUCCCACCUAACACCAACGACGAAGUGGACGAGGAUCCCACAGGAAACAAAGCCCUGUGGGACCGGGGCUUGCUCAAUGGUGCCUCUCAGAAGGCAGAGGUGAUCAUGAACUAUCACGUGGGGGAGACGGUGCUGUCCCUGCAGAAGACCACGCUGAUCCCUGGAGGCUCGGAAUCACUUGUCUAUACCACCCUGUCAGGAGGGAUUGGCAUCCUUGUCCCAUUCACAUCUCACGAGGACCAUGACUUCUUCCAGCAUGUGGAAAUGCACCUGCGGUCUGAGCAUCCUCCUCUUUGUGGGCGAGACCACCUCAGCUUCCGUUCCUAUUAUUUCCCUGUUAAGAAUGUGAUUGAUGGAGACCUCUGUGAGCAGUUCAACUCCAUGGAGCCCAACAAACAGAAGAAUGUCUCUGAAGAACUGGACCGAACCCCACCUGAGGUGUCCAAGAAGCUUGAGGACAUCCGGACUCGCUAUGCCUUCUGAGCCUUUUUUCCCGUGGGGCCGGUCAGAGACUCUGUGUUUUGUUUUCCCCCACUACCUGGCUCUGAACCCAUAUGGCAGAAGAACGGUGGCUCAUUAAUUAAGACUGCAAUAUUAAAGCUAACAGCUCUUUCCCGUCCACUCUUUUCCUGGAAUGACUGGUUUCCCCAAACAUUGGCAUUGAGAAUUGCUAUGCUUCUCCCUGCCUGGUACAUGAUGCAUUACCCCAGGUUCUGGUGUGGAAUACAAUGCCCCGUAGUCCUCAGAGCUUUCCCUGCAUUGAUAUUUCUGGCUCUCAUGUCUACUUUUGUACACACCCUUAAUUUUUAACUGGUUUUCCUGUAAAUAUAGUUUUGUACCAUGUUUUCUUUGUGGGAGGGAGGGAGGGAGGGGGGCAAGCUGAGGCGGCGACCAGGCUGGAUAUAGUAUAACUCCUGCGUUCUGCCACUCUGGAACCUAACCAGAAAUACAAACCUAGUUUUUAAGGU